UUUCCGCAGCCUCAAUAUCAUUACUUCAGCUUUGCCUCUCUACGCAAACAUCACAUCCAGAGAAGUACUUCUCUUUCAAAUACCACCCUCACUCUUCACAUCUUCACAAUGGCUCCCAGACAACGCGUCGUCUCUGCUCACCAGGAGAAGAGCUUUUUGGGUGCCGCCUACGAUGAAGUCACUCAUCCCGAAAACGCCACCAUCGUGAGAAGCGUUCUUGUCUUCGGCGCCGGUGUCGCUUUCCUUUAUAGCUCUCUCAGCGAACUUCUGCUCCCUCCUCUGUGAACGGAAUAUCCGAACGCAUCCGUGGCUCGCAAGUAUCACUCGGAUAUAACUUCUUUGGGAGUCAGGCGAUUUAUUGAGGUCGAUUCGGAAUAGACUCGAACCUGCUAUUCUUUUUCCUUGAUUUUAAGUAAUGGAUACCUGUACUAUAUUGCAUGGAUUGUGCUUUUGUGGGCAUAUAUGUUUUUGGAUGGACUCGUGUGGCGUGCAUUAUCAUCUCCGAUAUGUCUGAAAAGAACAUGAAAACCCAAUACGAUAUGACAUCCUUCCGAGUUUGACCCAAACUCUUAUGGGAAAGACUUCAAAUACUCCGUCCUAAUAUGAUUGAUGUGUUCGAAAUAAGA